UGUUGUGGUCCUGCUGGAAAGCGGCUCACGCCCUCCUAACCCCUACUUAGUCAGUCAUCCUUUGACCCCUUGACCGGCACCUGCCCAUGGAUAUACGCGGCAGCUGACAGGCCCGUCCUUCUCGCCUGUUGUGGGCGAUAGUCAGCAGGCCCCGUAUGCAUGUAGACCGGAGAAGGGGUCUAAUCGGUAAUAACGCUCAUCCGGGUGGAUAGGAGCGAAAAAUUCGAAUGCACGAGAGCCCGGAGAAGCUCUCCGGUCUGGCAUCUCGAGUAUAAAGUUAUCGCUGGUCCCGGGGCUGUAUAACGCGCUAUUCGGGAGGAAAAAUGGCGGCCCUCAUGGUGUUUCAGUUGCGACAACGCCGAUUGCUCAGGCGAAAUCGGGUGUUUCGCGAUAGAACACACCCGUUUGAAGUGUUCGAUGACAUGGAACUUUAUAGAAAAUUUUGUUUCAGACGUGCACACAUACUCGCUCUGACCGAUGAAGUGGCAGACGAUAUUGCUGUCACCAAUCGGCAAGGUGCCUUAACACCUUUGCUACAAGUGCUGGUAACACUGAGAUACUUUGCGUCAUCCAGUUUUCAGGAUGUAUGUGGUGAGUUGAUUGGGGUGAACCAAUCAACUGUAAGUCGGACUGUGUCCAGAGUCGCCGAUGCUUGGUUUCGGCGAGCGAGCAGUGAAACUGCAUUGCCCUCUCAAGUCCGCGCUGAUGUAACCAAGAGGCAUGUACACGAAAGGUACGGAUUUCCUAAUGUUAUAGGAUUCAUUGACGGCACCCUUAUUCGGAUUCAGGCUCCUACUGAGCAAGAGCAUGAAUUUGUCUCGCGCAAGGGGUACCAUGCCAUCAACGUCCAAAUGAUCUGUGAUGCAGACCUGAUAUUUAUAAACUGCAUCGCCAAAUGGCCAGGAAGUGUCCAUGACUCCCGCAUCCUGCGUGAAAGUGAAAUUUUUGAGACAUUCGAAAAUAGUGCCAGAAGACCUCUAAAUGGCAUAGUCUUGGGGGACAGUGGGUACAUGCAGAGGGAUUGGCUAUUCACUCCUCAUCCCAAUCCUGUGACGCAAAAGGAAAGAAAUUACAAUUACUGCCACAGUUCUGCUCGUGCCACUGUGGAGAGAGCCAUUGGUGUUUCGAAAAGGCGAUGGCACUGUCUUAGACGACUUCGGCUGCAUCCAGUGAAAGCCUGCAAAGUAAUCACAGCAUGUGUGAUACUACAUAACCGUGCCAGACUGUUCAGACUGGAUGUGCCAUGUGAUUCCGAAAGUGAAUCAGACUCUGAUUCCUCAGGAAAUGAAACAGAUUGAGAGGAGGAGGAGGAGAUACCUGCUGCCAGGAGGA